CAAGGUUGAUUCUGCGAAGAUGGCCCAACAACCAAGCCCGAACCCGAGUCCGCCCGCGCCGCCUCUCCACCAGAUGGAUGUGGACGAAGACGACGAUACCGUGGUUGAUUCCGCGAAGAUGGCCCAACAUCCAAGCCCGAACCCGACUCCGCCCGCGCCGCCGCUCCACCAGAUAGAUGCGGACGAAGACGACGAUACCGUGAAGCAACUCCAAGAGUGCUCUGCUGUUUACCUAGCCUUACAGGAUUGCCUUGUUGAAAGCAACCGUAACUGGAAGUCUUGUCAACAGAAAGUUCAAGCAUUGAAGGCUUGCAAUGAGAAGAGAACGAACAGGAAGGAUCUACAGAAGAAGGUUGAUCCCAAUUGGGGCAAUCCAAUCAAGUUGGUCAAGUUGUUGACUUGGUAACCACAAGGUUACAAGUUCGACUUCUAACCGGGGAGUGACCUAUUGCUGGUAAGUUAUGGGCAACCUAAGCUGGUUUGCCUUCUUGUGGUCUUUUGCCGACUAGGGUCACAAGACAGGAUUUAUCCCGUGCACACCCUCAGAUAGUGAUUGCGGGUUUCCCACGUCACUCGAAGAUUGAUCUCAACUUAAAUAUGGAGUACUACAUAGGAGUGUUUUAUUGUUACAACUUACAAAAGUAUAAUAUACCUCAUGUUUACUGUCAUAGAGGAUAUUUGCAGGGUUUCCAUUAUUUCAUAAGAUAUCUUUAGUUAUAGUUAGUUAGUUAGAAGAUUGUGAAAUAGGAAAAAGAAAUGUGUUCAGUCUAAUCCACUGAGAACCAUUUUCAACAGCUUUCAUGUGCUGAAAUCAGCUACUUCUUGGUGUUAUACAUAACAGAUAAGGCAUACAUAGAGUUGGGAAA